UAUUUUAUUUGCUUUUCAAUAUUUUUCUCCAAUACGAAAUCAAAACAAACAAUAUUGACACAAAAACAAUUUCCUACCGACAUUUUCAACACUAUAACCACAAUACUAACAUUAAACCCAAAUUUCCUUAUCUCAAUCCUGUUCCCAAAAAAUAAUGAACGCACCCAAACACUAAAAAUUAAUAAAUAGCCCGUUGAAUCCUUAUCCGAUGAUUUCCUAUUCCCAAUGACCACAUCCCGUUUAUCGUAUGCAUCAAGUCCUGAAUCUGAUUUGGAAUUAAGUCCUGGGCCAUCAGCAUCAUUGUCACUAGGCAAUUUACCACAAUUGGUUAAAUCGAGCUCAGAUCCAUCGAUUGCAACUAAUCAGGAUAACUUGGAUAGGGAUAGAGACAUAAUUGGUGAAGGAUUACCACCUCCAUAUACGAUUCCGUAUGAACAUUCCGCUAAUCCACCACCAAAUCGACGCCAAACAAUAGACUCUAGUAAAUAUGCUGGCUACAUACCACCAGGCACAAAUAUGUUAGGUGGUUCGUCUGAUCCGUCGACACCCUCUACACGCCCACAAUCACUUUAUGGUAUAAAUGCACCUGAUUUGCCACCACGCAUAGAUCGCCAAUCAAAACCCGGACCUGGUGAAAUGCAACCACCUUCUCGUACAAAUAGUUCUGGUGGAACUUUAGGACGUUCAGCGCAAGAACGCUUAUUUGGAAAACCCAUUGUUAAUGAUGAUGUACAAGCUGAAUAUAUAUCACGCAAUGCUUUAGCAACAGAUUCAAUAGAUCGCCAACAACAUGCUUCGUUGGAGCGGCAAGCACGCUUGAAUGCUGCUACAAUGGGUAGCUCAACUGGUUUACCUGGUAGUAAAGGCUCAAUGCCUAAUAGUUCCCAGCAAAAUGGUUCCAGUUAUGAUAGCGUAUCAAGUUAUGAUUCGUACAACACAUCUCAGCUAACGAUGCAAAAUUUGGGCAGACUUGGGCCAAAUGCUCCCGACGAUCUCAAGUCAGUACCAAAUGCAAAUGGCCGUCCUUUACCACCUGCUGGUAUGAACUCACAGGCACCGGAAUAUGCACGUAGCACACAUGAUCACCGUAACUUUGUAGGUGCGAAUGACUUAAAUCGGCAAAGCAGUCCUGGUAGACCACAAUAUCAUGAUAUAAACUCGGCGAGGAAUAUAGAUCCACGAAAUGGACCACCUCAACGCCCUUCAAAUUUGGGUCUCGAAGGCAGCCCCCGUAAGCCAUUAAUGGAAACAAAAACUGAUUAUGGAAAGUACAGUCGAAACAAUUCUGCCUCUCAAGCUGAUUACAGUAAAUUGCCGAAGAAUCCACAAAUGGUUGUGCCACCACCAAAUAUCAAUGGUAGCAACAACAAUGCUGCAACAAAUGGUAACAACGGUGGACCCUUUAAACCAGUGCCGCCACCAAAGCCCAAAAAUUAUCGACCACCAAUACAAGGUGGUACUGGUGCUGGCAAUGGCAAUGCAAAUUGGGAAAAUGGCGAACCUGGCUCACCACGUUCACCCAACGGCUUUUAUUAUCCACCUACACCAUCACAUCAUCAUUACUCACAACAAACACCUGGUUCACCACAUCAUGGUCCUAAUAAUAACAUACAACCCACCUAUGGCACCAACAGCAAUUAUAGUCAACAACCACAAUAUCCACCUACAAAUGGUUACAAUGGCAGUAAUCACCACUAUAAUGGCGGCAGCGGCACUGGUCCAUAUAUUGCACCACAUCGUGGCAUGCCACCACCUAUUGGUAAUCUUCCACCACAUACGCCAGAACGGCAUGCUCUGGACUUAGCAGGCAGUCGUGAACAACGGGGCUCAGCAUUCGAACUAUAUCGUAAACCACAAAUCGGUACAGCAGGGCACCAUCAUAACAUGAGGUAA